AUUAUUUUCUUCAUAUUUUUAAAAUUUUUCGGUUUUCGUUUUAUUUUGAGAGACAGAGACCUUCCACGUGCUAGUUCAUUCCCCAAAUGCCUGCAACCACCAGGCCUGGGCCAGGCUGCUGCCGGGAGCCUGGAACUCCAUUUGGGUCUCCCACGUGGAUGGCAGGGGCUCAGACACUCAGCCGUCACCUGCUGCCUCCCAGGGGCACAAGCAGGAAGCCAGAUGGGAAGUGGAGCAGCCAAGACUUAAACCAGGGUCUCCAACAUGGGAGCAGGCAUCCCAAGCAGACACUUACGCCCCUGCACCCAACUCCAGCCUCUUCUUUUUAAAAUUUUCAUCAUUUUUCAUUUUAAUAUGACCUUGGCAGAGGAGCGGGGAUAAUUUCCCAGCGGGGAUAAUUUCUGUGGACAAUAGUUAGCAAUCCUCUUUGCUGCUCCUCUCCUGUCUCUCUGCCCCCAUCCUGCCCCUUGCCUGAUCUCACUCUGAGUCUGGUGAUGGGACGAAAAGAUACUGAGGAGGUGCAGGAGCCAUGGUAACCAUGGGCUCCUGGCAUAGUGAGGUCACAGACAAAGGAUGUGGUUAGCUUUACCUGGCAAAACUUCACAGAGGAGGCAAUGCCUGGUGGUCUGCCAGGUGGCUAGGUGGAUGGUGAGGGGUGGGAGGGGGAGGAAUGGGGGCAGAGACGUGAGGGAAGGACAUGCCAGCCCAGCCAUGCUUGGGAUGUCUCCAUCAGAGAGCCUCGUGCAAGAGGAGCCAAGUCAGACCAUGAAGACACGGCAGCCCAUGGAGGCCAGAAAUGAGCCGUCAGACUGCUACUGCAUUACCGACUGGUACCUCGAAGUGCCCGCCGUCGCAGAGGGUGCCUGCCCUGACGGGCACGACCGCGUCCAACAAUGACUUGGCGAGUCUUUUUGAGUGUCCGGUCUGCUUUGACUAUGUGUUGCCACCCAUUCUUCAGUGUCAGAGUGGCCAUCUCGUUUGUAGCAACUGUCGCCCAAAGCUCACAUGUUGUCCAACUUGCCGGGGCCCACUGGGAUCCAUUCGCAACUUGGCUAUGGAGAAGGUGGCCAAUUCAGUACUUUUCCCUUGUAAAUAUGCCUCGUCUGGAUGUGAAAUAACUCUGCCACACACAGAGAAAGCAGACCACGAAGAGCUGUGUGAGUUUAGGCCGUACUCCUGUCCGUGCCCUGGUGCUUCCUGUAAAUGGCAGGGCUCUCUGGACGCUGUAAUGCCCCAUCUGAUGCAUCAGCACAAGUCCAUUACAACCCUUCAGGGAGAGGAUAUAGUUUUCCUUGCUACAGACAUUAACCUUCCUGGUGCUGUUGACUGGGUGAUGAUGCAGUCCUGUUUCGGCUUUCACUUCAUGUUAGUCUUGGAGAAACAGGAAAAAUAUGAUGGUCACCAGCAGUUCUUUGCAAUUGUACAGCUGAUAGGAACACGCAAGCAAGCUGAAAAUUUUGCUUAUCGACUUGAGCUAAAUGGGCACAGGCGACGAUUGACUUGGGAGGCGACUCCUCGGUCUAUUCAUGAGGGAAUUGCGACAGCCAUCAUGAACAGUGACUGCCUAGUCUUCGACACCAGCAUCGCACAGCUCUUCGCAGAAAAUGGCAACUUAGGCAUCAAUGUAACGAUUUCCAUGUGUUGAAAUGGCAAUCAAGCGUUUUCUGGCCAGUGUUUAAAACUGUUGCAUUCAGUUUCACAGAGAGCAAGGCACCCGACUGCCUGCCAACCUGAAACUCUUUGGGCAGGUGGAAACUAGACACAUGAAGGUAAAUAAAAAGAAAGGCUGUUAAAUACAGGAAACAGUUGCAUGUAGUAACACUAAUAUAUUUAAAAAUAAGUCAACAGUAAACCACUGAAAAAUAUAUAUAUAUACACCCAAGAUGGGCAUCUUUUGUAUUAAGAAAGGAAGCAUUGUAAAAUAAUUCUGAAUUUUGUGUUUGUUGUAGAUUGAUUGUAUUGUUGAAAAAUACUGGUUUUUGUUUUGUUGUUCUGUUUCUUCUGUUAUUGCGUGUGUCUGUGUGUGUGUGUGUGUGUGUGUGUUUCCCUAACUGACAAGCCAUCUGAGUGGUCUUGGACCACUGCUUUUUCCCCUUUGUGAGUCAAUACAUAGUGCUGCUGUGUUUCCUUGUGUGUGUAUAUUUGCUAAUUUUUAUUAAUUCUAGUUUUUCAUUAAAUAAACUUUCUUUUCUGUAA